AUGCAACAAGCGAUAAAGAGGAUCAGGAGGAAGCAGAGAGGACCAACUCCGAAAACAAUUGAAGAUCUUGGCAAUGUGCUACUGCAGUAUGAAGGGGUCGAGGACAUAUAUGUUGGCCAAGCUCUAGGCGAUGAUGACAGUGUGGCCAUCAUUUUUUCGAGUAAAAAGCUAUUGGAUCAAUUGGACAAAGCCACUGAAAUUUAUAUGGACGGGACGUUCGAUAUAACUCCGAAACAUCUUGAUGCCUGCCAAUGUUACGUAAUGCAGAUGAGGAUAAGUGGAAAAGGUGUUGGAACGGUUUUUAUUCUCAGCAACAAGCGAACCGCAAAAACAUACGACGCAAUUUUUGAGGAAUUAACCGAAUGCUGUCCUCAUCUUAAAGCCAACAUUAAGGGCAUCUGGGGAGAUUUUGAGAAGGCGACAAUCAAAUCGACCAAGACAUGGUUCAAAAAUGCUCAGUAUCACGGAUGUUGGUUUCAUUUUAAAAAAAAUGCUCGUAAACGUUGGAAGCGAACAGGUCUUCUUCGUGAUGGUCCGCAAGAUUUUCUGGAAUUGGUCCUUACGAUAGCCUUAUUGCCAGCUCACUUAAUUGAAAAGGCAGUCAAAAUCCUGGAGAGCAAAAUCAAAGACUAUGACAAGAAAUAUUGGCACAAACUUGAGAAAUUCAUGAAAUAUAUCCGCAGAAACUGGGUGAAGAUUGCUGACAUUUUGUCAGUUAACAAUUUGGAACAACAAACAAACAACAUCAGCGAGUCGUUCAACAGUCGAGCUGUGUCACGAAUUGGAAUCCAUCCGAAUGUUUGGGAAUUCUUAGAUAAAAUCAAGAUUGUGAUAUCCGACGAGGAGUCGAGAAUGGACAAAUUAUUGAACGGUGAGGAUCUUGGAUGCUCCAUGAAAAAGGAGGAUAGAAAGAGGAAUAACAGAAUAAGAAAGGCAGAAGAAAUGCUCCGAAACGGAGG